CCUUUAAACAAGGAGAUUAUAAACUUAAAAAUCUAAAUUUAGCGAUAGGUUGACGAGCUGUCACUUUGGGUUAGUUACUUUUCCAAUUUUGGGGAAACAAAGAGGGUUGUUGUUGCAAGGAAUUCAAAAAAACAGGAAAAACAAAUCAGACGCUCAGGUACCCGAGCGCCGCGUGGCGGCCAAAUUGCGAACCUGGUGGCGCAAACACACAAGCAAAAUUCUCCAUGGCGUCUGUAGUUGUCAACGGACUCGUUGCUUGGGUGUAACCUGUAACGUGUGUUUUUGUUAUUCGACACAGUUCAUUAGCAGGUGUAAAUUAGUGGCAGCUUUCGAGUGAAUGUUCAAGUGGUGUCGUAUGCAUUUUACCGUGUCGAAAUUUUAAUCGAAACGAAUAGGAACUUGGCCAAACCGACAGUGAUUCCUGGUGACUCGACAGCAACUGUUGUUUGGUUAUAUUCCGAACGGCUCCGGGGCAUAUAUAGGCAUCUAGCUCCUGUGUCGGCAGCCAGCUCAACGUUCUAUUUCAGCCAUGCUGAUACGAUAAACCGUGUUCUUUUAUUUGCUGAAUUCCUGAGACCUUAUCUUGGUGUCAGACAUGGCCAAAAUGAGAGCGACGCUAAGAAAAGUGGCUCAGGUCACGCCGCCACCUUCACCCAAAAACGGCGAGGACGUCAAGGGCCACUCUGAAUGGUCCACUCGCUUACGGAAUCAUUCGGUUCCGGCCGGCGCCAAAGUUCCCAACGGUCGCCGAUCUAAAAUCGUCCGGAUUAAAAAAGAGAGCCCUGUAUUCCACCACAACGAAGACUCCAAUUGCAGCCGCACCAGCACUCCAUCCCCCGUUUGUGAUGCCUCCAGAGUCCGUAUGCGCCAGACUAGUGGAGAGGGACUCCAUUACUGGCCGAGGAGAUCGGCUCGACUGAUUGGAAUUCCGGCGGAAGAAAUCGAAGACCAACAGAACAAAAGUAACGGUUCCAUCAACGUCGAAGAAGAAGGUGAAGAGGAGCCACCACACGAAAACGGAGCUGUUGCCUGUGAAACGAACCAUGUUGACGAUGACGACAGUAGGACAGCGGCGGAAGAACCACAAGACCAGUGCAAAAACUGUAAACAGCGGACCAAUAAGCAGCCGACCAAGGGCCAUGGGCGAACUCUGGAAGCGUUGCUGAUGGAGAGCCAACGAUUCAUGCACUACCCAUCCGGCAGAGGAAGUGGUUCUUGUCGAAACGGACGCUCGACGUACAAUAGCCGGGAAUUCCGGCCUCCGCCACAGACUUCUCCGCGAGCCGCCACCGUGGAAGACGAACCCGAACCUGCCGAACAACUUGCCGCCACCCAACCGACUCCCCUGCCAUUGAUCCAGGACCAACCGGCGGUCGAUCAAGUUCAAUUCUCAUUCGAAAUCGUUCCGUCCGGAACGUCGUGGUAUCAAACUUUCUUACGGGACGAGGAGUGUCACCGAGACCCGUCCCGACUACCAGAUGAUCCGCCCCUAGGUCCGGCCCCAUUCCUUCUCCCUUACGAGAUGUCGCUGGAAGCCAUUCUCAAGAGCAACCGGAUAGUGCGGAAGAACAACAGCAGCAGAGGCAGGGGUGCCAAGAAAGCCGUUCCGCUCAGCUUCCGGCCGAUCAUCAGCACCCGACUGCAAAUGCAAAGUGCGGCCAGACAGAGCCAGCUUGCGGCCGCAGCGUCUUCUUCUGCCAAAGCAUCCGCAAUGGAUAAGAGCGACGGAAGGUGUCUGCGACACAGCCGACGGACCAAGCCUUGGUUCAACAUGCCCCGCAAAUCUCCUCGCUGUCACGCGUCCACCAUGGCCAUUCUUUGCUCGAAAUCGGACACGGAAGCCGAUGCUGUCGCCUCCGCCGGAUCAACAACAACCAAAACAAAAGUAGCAGCUGCUGUGAUGGUGGAAGAAUCUCAAUUGCCGCUGGAGAAGGUGCCUAAAGAGAGAAUUCCUCCAGCGGAUAGUUACCUAGUGCAAGUGUUGGAAGAAAUGUUGACUCAAGGACUGGAGAAGAGGCCGGCCAAUCCAGUGCGGAAGAGAGGCCGACCGAGGAAACGACCGCUGCCCCCCGACCAACAACAAUCCGAACCGCCUACCGAACUAGUGAAAUCCUCUGUGACCGAAUUACUGGCAACUCCGCUGGAUAGGAUAGAAGAUAUUGUCGACGAGCGGAUCCUUCCGGAAGAUAGUGACCACUGCAUGUUUAGCGAUGACGACCUCGUCUACCCUCCUUAUCCCUGGACCAACGACAGCCGGAGAGACGAUCCAUCUUCUGUGGGAGAUCUGAUUCCGCCGGAAGUGUUCCACGAUCUGGAUAGCCAUUCCGGAAGCCGAUCUUCAUCCGUCUACGAAACAGCCUCGGAAAUCGGUAGCACCAGCACCAGCACUGGGACGUGCGAUUCGCGACGGAAAGCCUGGCGGAGUGGAGGCAACAACCUCCGCCGGAAGCGGCGCUGUAACAUGACUGGCUGGCCGCGUUCCAAGAAGCGGAGACCCCUGCCGCUGAACAUCAUCCGCAUGGACGACGAUCUGAAUUUGUCCGGCAAUUUGAGCUGCAACGACGAUGAUGAUGAUGAUGAAGGGCCGCCCAACAUCAUGCUGAGUCCCAUCCGGGAGGAGUCGACCUUGUUGGUGGACGGAAGCAGUCCCAACCCGUCUCAGCCACAGCCUAGCCCGAGAUCGUCCUCAUCCGGGGCUAAUCAUAAAAGUUUUGUCAGCAAACCGUUCCAGUUCCAGCGUAAGACUUUGCGCUUCGUUGGCAAACGCAUCCUCCGUCCAGCCGCCCAACGGCAAGCCCCUCAGCGGUUGGAAUAUUGGCCCUGCUUCCCCACGGAAUCGUCGUCCAGCGGCCGUCGCCGGAAGCGGAAAACAUGAUCGACAAAAGUUUGUUGGGACAAUGAAACCGAUAUACUAUCUUUUUAAUUUUUAUUUUUCGAGAGCUAGUCACCAACCAACCACAUGAUGGAAAACAGGGAAAGCGGCGGCAGUCGUCAUUCAACAACAGCAACAACAAAUUCUCUCAUGUCUAUUAUAUUUGUGCGUCUGAUUUUUUUUUUUGAAAUUUUGAAUGUUCCAUGCAGUUCCACGACGAUUUUGAUUAUUUUACGUUUUUUAUUUCGACUGAAGAAUAAGACACAGAGGGGGGGGGGAGUGUACACAUUAAUUUUUUAUUAAUUAUCUACCUCAUGUUUUUCGGUUUGUCUUACAAUUCCGGCCGAGAGACUAUUAUUUGAAUUUUUGACUGUCUCGCUCAUCCCACACACGCGUUACGAUACCACUAUUCAAAUUUUUUAAAAUUAAAUUUCUUUUUUUAAUUUGUUAAUUUUUUUUUUUUAAAUUCAGUUUUGACCCUACCCGAAUGUGUGCACUUGUCUUAUGUUUUGUGUGUUGUUGCCCGUAAAAAAAGACAAUGAAUAAAAUUCAACCGAUUUUUUCAUA